AUGGCUCUUACUGAUCAACAAUUACGACAAGAGUUAAUAAGUUAUGGUGAAAAUGUUCCACCAAUAACUCAACGUAAUCGUGAACAACUUCGUGCUCGCCUUGAAAUUCUUCGAUCAGAUCCACGAACACGUACUCCUGCUUCACCAUCACGUUCUCAAGCUGCUGCUUCACCAUUGCGAUCUCAAGCUGCUGCUUCUCCAUCGCGUACAACACGCUCUACUGUUGCUGCUGCUUCUGCUUCACCAUCACGACCUCAGGCUGCUGCUUCACCAUCACGACCUCAGGCUACUGCUUCUCCAUCACGAGCAACACGUGCUACUGCUUCUCCAUCACGUACAACACGUGCUGCGGCUUCACCAAGUUCACUCGCUACGAGUUCACCAUCACGUACACGUUCAAGUGCAAUAACUACCACAGUAGCAUCACGUCCAUCAACUCGAUCACAACAACCAUCAAAUCUUAUUGAAUUAAGCGAUUCAGAAACAGAGUCAUCGUCAACUGGUGUUCUGAUUUCAAGAUCACUUCGUACUGGGCAAACAACACCUAAUGUUCAAACACGUUCAAUUGCAUUACGUGGUCAAAACGAUUCACCAACUACAAUACCAUUAAUAAGUGAUAUACCAGGUUCAGGAAACAUAACUGAUGAUGUUGAACAAUCGAUUGCUCGUCAUCGUCGUGAAAUAAAACAAUUGCUUGAUUCAGCACGUGAUCGAAAUCGUGCAACUAAUACAAGUAUUUCUUCUUUACAUUCGACCGAACAUCAGGAACAAAUAGGAACACCAAUUCGUCCAACUUCAAAAUCACGUACACAUCGAGAACCAUUAAAAGACGAUGAUGAUGAUAAUGGUAAAGUUAAAGGAUCACCAAAAUCUGAGAACAAUGAACAGAAAAAGUCACCAUCGUUUAAACAUAUACGAAAACCAAUUCAAUCGUUUUGGGGAAAAAAAUCAGAUCUAAUAAAAAGUGCUUUAAAAAUAGUACUUGUUAGUUCUGUUAUUAUUGUUGGAGCUAGUUUUUUAUUCCAACAUUAUGGUGAAUUUUUUCCACAAACUAAAAGCGUAAAUUGUACGGUUGAGAAUGUAACUACGUGUGAAGAUAUGAAACGAGUGAUUGCUGCAGUACGAAAACAAUUACAAAUUCGAACUGGUGAAGUCGAUUGUGGUUUUCGUCCUAGAACUGAUAUUUUGGUCACAAGAGCUGAAAUUGAAAGAUAUUUAAACGAAAAAGGACUGAAAUUCAAUUUGGGUAAUGAAGAACGAUGGAAUGCAUUAGUUACCUAUAUUGUACAUAUGCCAUUAGAAGAUAUAUUAGUAUGGAAUGAAUCAAAUCAUGAAACAAAAAAUCUCGAUGAAGCAAAAAAAUUAAGUACACCAGAAGCAAAACGUGCAUUAACAUGUCGGGCUCGACAAGAUAUCAGUAAAACAUUAAGAAAUUUCCUUUUACUUAUCUUAGGAUCAACUGGUCUUCUCACAUUAGCUUGGUAUCUUCAAAAAGAAUCGAAAGCACAUGUAGAAAAUGAAAGAACGUAUAAUAAUCUUCUUGAAAAAGCUACUAAAUUACUUGAAGAACAAUAUGAAAAACAUAUACAAGACCCUAAAACUCAAUCAUGGGUUGCUAUAAAUGAUAUUCGGGAAAGACUUAUUUCAAAAGAAGAUCAAGAUCGAUUAAAAAAUAUUUGGGAACGUGUUAAAAGUGAAAUAACUAAACAAACAUCACGAAUUCGUUCUGAAACACAAGAAACGAAUGGUGAAAAUUUUGAUGUUUGGCGAUGGUUAAAAUCAUCACCAAAAAAGAAUAAAUCGGAAUCUAUAACAAAUUCAAAUGAAGAAGCUAAUACUUUUGUUACAUCUAACGUAGGUCUUACUGAAUGUCUGAAAUUACGUAACUGCUUUCGUUCGGAUAAUUAUGCUGAUGAUGAGGAAAUCGAUCAUGCUAUUGAAAGUAUUCGAAGUCGAUGUGCUAAUAUUAAACAAAUUGAACAUAUUGGAAUUCAUUCGGUUUUUGUUUAUUUAAAAUUCUCAUCAAAAGAAGCAGCUGGUCAAGCUUAUGAUUUGCUUAAUAAUUGGAAAUAUCAAGGUUAG